UGUAACAAAUCUAAAGGAUUCUCGGAUUUUAUUUAAAACCUCUCCAGGACGCGUCGAAGCCUUACAAAGGCAGUAUAUUUAGUCAUAAACUAAGCUACGCUAGCAGUUUUGCAUGAAGUGAGUUCAUGAACCCAUCACAGUAACUCACACACGCGCUUAGAAACAUUAAAAAAGAAGCUCGUUUCCAUUACAAAAAGAUUUUGAUACGGAGACUAUGAGCACACAGUACAGUAUACUAUUCAAGCAGGAGCAUGCUCAUGAAGAUGCCAUCUGGACGGCAGCAUGGGGUCGCAGCGAGAAAGACGGGUCAGAAACCAUUGUGACUGGCUCUUUGGACGACCUGGUGAAAGUGUGGAAAUGGUGGGAUGAGAAGCUGGAGCUGCAGUGGACGCUGGAGGGUCACCAGCUGGGCGUGGUGUCAGUGGACAUCAGUCAGAACGGAGCCAUCGCUGCCUCCAGCUCUCUAGACGCUCACAUUCGGCUCUGGGAUCUGGAGACGGGCAAACAGAUCAAGUCCAUGGAUGCAGGCCCUGUUGACGCCUGGACGGUCGCCUUUUCUCCUGACUCCAAAUACAUUGCCACCGGCAGCCAUCUGGGGAAGGUCAACAUCUUCGGUGUAGAAAGUGGGAAAAAGGAGCACUCGCUGGACACCAGAGGAAAAUUCAUUCUGAGUAUCGCCUAUAGUCCAGAUGGAAAGUACUUAGCCAGCGGUGCUAUAGAUGGAAUCAUUAAUAUCUUUGAUAUUGCGACUGGGAAACUCCUGCAUACGCUGGAAGGGCAUGCAAUGCCUAUCAGGUCUCUGACUUUCUCUCCAGACUCUCAGCUGCUGGUAACCGCAUCAGACGACGGAUACAUCAAGAUUUAUGACGUGCAGCACGCUAACCUGGCCGGCACUCUCAGUGGUCACGCAUCCUGGGUGCUAAAUGUGGCCUUCUCACCUGACAACACACACUUUGUGUCCAGUUCGUCUGAUAAGAGUGUAAAAGUGUGGGACACGACCAGCAGAUCGUGCGUGAACACAUUCUUUGAUCAUCAAGACCAGGUUUGGAGUGUGAAGUACAACCCCACAGGCUCGAAAAUCGUGUCUGCGGGUGAUGACAGAGCCAUCCACAUUUACGACUGUCCCAUGUGAAUCAGUCACAGCCUCUCAAGUCCACAGCAUACAUGCUAAUUAUUUUUUAUUAUUAUUUCAUUGGCAACCUCAACAUCUGUACAUGGUGAUACAAAUAAAUGUUCUUUUUUU